AUGAAAGAUAAUGAGUCGCUUCAUCAUGAGUUAUUUCGGAGCUUGGAGUUCAGGGAUAUUCAGGCUCCAGGGGAACCUCAGUGCUUCUCUCUCCGAACUGAACAAGACACAGUGCUCCUUGGCUCAGAACAUGGACUGAUAGAAGUAGACCCUGUCACAAGAGAGGUGAAAAAUGACACUCCUUUGGUGGCAGAAGGCUUUCUCCCAGAGGGUGGAAGUGGCUGCGUUGUUGGUAUUCAGGAGUUGCUGGAUCACGAGUCUGUGUGUGUGGCCACAGCCUCUGGAGAUGUCCUACUUUGCAAUCUCAACACACACCAGCUGGAAUGUGUCGGGAGUGUAGCCAGUGGUAUCUCUGUCAUGAGUUGGAGUCCUGACCAAGAACUGGUGCUUCUUGCCACAGGUCAACAGACCCUAAUUAUGAUGACAAAGGAGUUUGAACCAAUCAUGGAACAGCAAAUCCACCAGGAUGAUUUUGGUGAAAGCAAGUUCAUCACUGUUGGCUGGGGCAGGAAGGAGACGCGGUUCCAUGGAUCAGAAGGCAGGCAAGCUGCCUUUCAGCUGCAAAUGCACAAGUCUGCUUUUCCCUGGGAUGACCAUAGACCACAAGUUACCUGGCGUGGCGAUGGACAGUUUUUUGCUAUGAGUGUUGUUUGCCCAGAGACAGGGGCUCGAAAGGUCAGAGUGUGGAGCUGGGAGUUUGCUUCACAGUCAGCCAGUGAGCCUGUGGCAGGACUGGGACCUGCUCUGGCUUGGAAGCCCUCAGGCAGUUUGAUUGCAUCUACGCAAGAUAAACCCAAUCGGCAGGAUGUUGUGUUGUUUGCGAAAAAUGGACUUCUCCAUGGACAUUUUACACUUCCUUUCCUCAAAGAUGAGGUUAAGGUUAAUGACCUUCUCUGCAAUGCAGAUUCCACUGUGCUUGCAGUAUGGCUGGAAGACCUUCAGAGGGAAGAAAAUUCCACUCUAAACACCUAUGGUACGUGGGGAGUUUCUUGCCUUUUCGGGGGUCUGAGGUCUUCUGCCAGCGUUCAGUAGGUGUUCUGUAGGAGUUGUUCCACG